AUGAAGAUCAUAUUGACAUUACCACCAGAUCAACUUAAAUACAAGACAAUUGUCGUUCAACCAAAUGACAAGAUUGGUAUACUGAGAGCUCAUGUUCAUAGAAGAGACCUACCUGUAUACUUUGUCUAUGAUGGAAAUAUGAUGGUUGAUGAUAAGUCAUUCAAACAGAAUGGUAUACGUGAUGGUGCAACAGUAAAGGCUCAAUCUGAGAGGGAUAUUCCUAAAUCAGAACAACAGAGAAAGAUUAAGGUUAACUUCUAUGUACCCAUGAAGGUACCUUAUGGUGGCAAAAUCGUCGAUGUCACAAUGCAGUACGAGAUCCUAUUCUUCCGUGAGCAACCUAUAUCAGAUGUCAAGGAAUCAUUGAUGAAUGCAUCAGGUUACGAUCCAAAAGAUAUCAUUGUGUCGAGGAAGGGAGUUGUACUUAGAAACGAACAGACAUUGAAGGAGAUUGGUGUUGUGCAUAUGGAGGAAUUACAGUUCGCCACUGUUCCAGGUGCCGUACCAGGCCCAAUCAAAAUGGCUAUUCCAGGUCUAACUCAU